AUGCAUUUGAUGUAUACUAUUGGCCCAGACGGCAAGAGAGUCUACACUCUAAAGAAAACCACCGAUGAUGGCGAGAUCACUAAAUCUGCCCACCCCGCAAGAUUUUCUCCAGAUGACAAGUACUCCAGACAAAGAGUUACUCUAAAGAAACGGUUCGGAAUGUUGCCAAACCAGCAACAAUAA